UUCAGAUGCAAUGAGAAACCCACUUGACGAAGCAUCAGGAUCACUCCAAGCAUCUGACAUGUGCUUGUGACAUGACGAAAACAAAAGUAUAACUGUUCAUCCACUAAAUAAUUGGGUGGAUGGUGAGCUGUAGUAGGAGGAGGUUUGGGCGUGUUGAGGCAAGGUACUUAGCUGCUUAUCACUGUUUCACAAUCUCGUUCACUGAGCUCCAUCUCACCUUACCGUCAUCCUCCAACGUCUUGGGAGUUUUGUCACACAGGUUCUAGGGAAACAUUUAAUUGUUCUGGGAAGUCUUGCAGUACUAGUUCAGCUAAGGCUGCUGCCUUUUUGUGACGCGCUUGUCAUGAGAUGUCUUUAAUGGCAAGGCACCUGGAUAAGAGCCUAUAUGAUCAGGGGGAAUCUACUGGACAGACUAAUGUUGGCGUACUCAAAGUUUCCAAUAAAGGUUGAAGACCUCUUCACAGAUAUACAAGAUGGCAGAGUGCUCCUGGCGUUACUGGAGGAGCUGUCUGGAUGCAGACUGUACCACAGAUUCAGACCAUCCUCAUACCGCAUCUUCCGACUCAACAACAUCGCAAAGGCGUUGGCUUUCCUUGACGACAGACAUGUGAAGCUACCGAGCAUUGACGUUGUCACUAUUGCUGAUGGCGUUCCCUCUGCUGUCCUGGGCUUGAUCUGGAAUAUUAUCCUAUUUUUUCAAAUAAAAGAGGUCACAAGUGGCCUCCAGAAACAUCUCUCGUCCAGCCUCUCAUCAUUACCCAUCAGCUGUUACCCUUCACCCUGUGACCUUUCACCUGUCACUGAUGACUUCAACCACUCUAACACACUGCCAUCCAAGGGCAGGAAGGCUGCCAGCAACCGACAGCAUCAUGGAAAAGCUAUCAAGACACUUCUGCACUGGGUACACAGACGCACAUCAAAGUUUGGCGUAAGCGUACUUGACUUUGGAACGAGCUGGAGCAGUGGUCUGGCUUUCCUGGCUCUGGUUAAAUCCGUAGCCCCUGGCCUGGUGGACCUGAGAAACAGCCUAUCCAGAGACCACAGAGACAAUGUGAGGGAGGCCUUCAUGAUAGCUCAGAGCAGCCUGGGAAUCCCAACUCUCCUGGACCCGGAUGAUGUGACCCGCUGUGCCCCAGAUGAGCGGUCCAUCAUAACAUAUGUGUCACAGUUUCCCGAACAUUACCCUGGCCCUGAUGAAGACCUUCGCCCUGAUUUUGAAUCAAGGAAAACUUUAUUAACAGGGAGAGAUGUCCAACUAACACCAAAGCCCCAUGGCCUAACCCCGGUGAAGUCAGUUAGCUUUGGGCCCACGUCCCCCUCUUGUGAAGAAGCACAGACCUUGUCCAUAAGCCAGGAGAUGACCAAUGAGCAGCUACCAAGGAUGAAACAGACCAAUGGUCCUUCAGAUGAGCCUUGGCUAACCCCCGCCCACCUGCCUGAAAUUACUUUUUCUAAAGUCCUUCGUGUCCCGUCCCUUCAUCAGUCCAAAAGUCCAACACCAGGAAGCAAUUCCGCCACUGAAAUCAACAUUGACAGCCCUGUUUCCUUGAAGUACACUGUGUCCACUAGCCCAUUGGGUCUGAGUGCGGAGAGUGCUGAUGCAGGAGUGUGGUUCUGGAUGGAGACGGCUCCUGAGGAGAUCUCCAGCGAGCGCUGCGUAGACGAGGGGAUCUUCUCCCAGAGUUCGGAGGAGGGCGUCUACAUGCUAUCCACGUUGGACUCAGAUGAGGAAGAAGCGUACAACUACAUCCUUGGUUUGAACAGGGAGGUGUGUGAUGUCUUAGGGCCGUCCGAUCAAGACUAUGGUGAAUUGCUAACUUCAGGACUAACUCCCAAGCUUGCUCCAGAGCAAACUCCAGGACUAACUUCUGGGAUAACUCCAGGAUCAACUCCGGGACUAACUCCAGGACUAACUCCAGUGCUAGAUCAGAUGGUGGCAGACAUGGAGGCUGUCCACCAGAAGGAUGAACAUUCAGUUCCUGAGCAGGAGAUAAACAAGGCUGAAAAAGAGCAAGAUGGAGGGAUGAAUCCGGUUAGCAAUGUUAGUAAAGCUACGGUGAGGAGGAUGUUUGCUAUGAGGAUGGAGGAAGAAGACAGAAGGGGCGAGGAAAGCAAAGGGGAGGAAGACCUGAAGGAAGAUGGAGGGAGAACAGAGGAGGAGGAGGAAAAAAAGGAACAUGCAUGUCUGCAAUCAUAUUUUGAAGUGAGGGAGGAAAAGAGGGAGAUGAGAGAGGUGGUGGAGGUAGAAACUGUGAGCGCAGACCUAGAGGAGGAAGAGGUUUUGAGAGGAGGGCAAGGGUCUUCUGUGAAAGACAUGGUUAGAAUUCGAUGGAGGUUUAGAGGAGGGGAGGAAAGAACCGUGGAGGAACAAGUGGGAAGUAGCUGGCAUGAACGUGAGCCUGAGAAAGAAGAGUUGGAGGAGGACACAACAGAACUAAAACGCAUUGGGAGAGUGUAUUUCCAGGAUGUGCCCUCUAGUGGUGAGCUGGAGGUACUGUUCAUCUUGUGGAUCCUGUUCUACUGUUGUCUUCUCUUCCCACGACUGGACCUUCGAUAGCCUUCUCAGGCACCAGUAAUAAGAUGUCACAGAACUAUUCACAACUCACAGUUCAUUUAAAAGCAGUACCUAUAUUUUAUUUGAAAGACAAUUCGGAAGAAGAAUGUAUGCGAACAAUUGUUCCACCGUGCCUGGUAGAUGAAUGGUGACUUUACACUGUGUGCCUGGUACAGACCGUUUCUUGACUCUGACCACCAAAAUACGGUUAGAACGAUGCACUUCUGACCCUUGAUCUUCUGCUGUACUUUCCAUAUGCAGUUCAUGUUGCUUGGAUAAACGUUAGCUGCUUUUAAAGACUCCUUCAUAUACACACUGAAAACUACCAAGUAAUUAU